AUGAGUGACCUGAAUGAGCGAAUAGCCCACUCUCAGCCGUGGCCGCAGGCGCACGCACGACAGUCUGUGGACGCGAAGACAGGCGGCAACGGUACCGCACUCGGGUUCAUGCCUGCGGCUUUCACCCCAUUCAACUCGCGCACGUCCGCUGACAGGGACGCUGCCGUCGUGGACUAUGCCAUCGCAUCACCCACAGCCAUCCCGUUUGUUCUCGACCUCCACAUCCUCAACAGGAAAGGCGCGUCUGAUCACGCACCCACCGCACUGCGCCCAACGCUCCCAUGUCACUGCCUCGCUCCCAUCCUAGCACCGAGCAAGCUUGUUCUCGCACCUAAAGCCUCCCUUUCCGUCCAUACAGAGCUCGACCGCAGAAUCGUCUACAUCAUCAAAGCUGCUCGGGCCGCCAACGACGAGUCCCGCCUGCUUGAUUUGUAUAGAACAAUGUCCGGCUUGUUCAAGAAGACGAUUGUCUACACCGACGGAUCCAGCCACGGCAAUGGCUCGGACACAAUAGCCGCUGGUGACAUUGAGGCUUGGGUACCCGGAUCACAGACGAACAACCGCGCCGAAGCCUACCGCAUCCUCCUCGCACUCACCAGUGCCAACCUCAACCGCGACCUGCGCAUUAAGCCCGAUCUGCAGUGGCACGGCAACAUCCUCUGGAAGAUCUCCCGCUUACUCAAGGCAGGCAUUGCAUUCACCCACUUUCAUCACGUCUGCGGUCAAUCCGGCGAGGAGGGGAACGACGGUGUAGACUCCUGCGCCAACGAAGGGUCGCGACAACCCGCGGUCGAGCCCUUCGUAGCUGCCGCCCUGCCGACACUCUCACACCUCCUCACGGCACAAAACGUACGUCUGAAGAUCGCAACCUCCCUCGCGAACCCAGAUGAUGAUCCCGAGAUGCAGUUGCUCGGCAGGCAGGCUCAGUGGUUCAAUGGCGAUAAAGCCCACCGUGAACACGAGAAGGCCGCUCGCGCACAACGUCAAAAACGAAACUUUCUGCUCAACAGCCGCCACUAUGGCAGCCCGUGGUGGAGUGCUUGGAAGGAUCUCAUGGAUAAGAAGAGGGUGGCGUUUAACGUUCCCGCCUCUCGACUGCAGCCCGUCUUCGAGGAACGCAUGAAUCCGCCCGCAUCCAUCCCACCCUCCUUCUACGCCGCGGCUGCUACCUAG